UUUCACAUUUGAAUUAAGUAAAUACUGAAACAGAACUUUAUAUUAAUCCAGCUCCUGUUGAGUUUUCAGUUCAAUUAAUAGUUUAAUAAACUCCAAAUAAUGUCUGCCUACUCAAGCGCUUCCACCACCCAGGCCACUGGAACAGGUGCAUCGGACCUGGACACAGAAUCUGUGGAAGUUCUGCGGGAGCGGCUGAGCACUAUGAAGCGACUGAUGGCCGAGCGCACGGCUCAGCAGCAGAACAAUCCUGCAUCCACAGAGGAAAUCUUCUCCACCAAGCGCCACCGCUCUGCGGGCAUUAUCGACGGAAACUUCCUGAGCAUCGCCUUUGGCGGUGCUUUGCUUGUGAUUAUAACGGUUUCAGUGUACGCCUUCUACAAUCUCUACCAUGCCAUACUCAAGAAGUUCCCCUCCCACCACGAGGAGCUGUAAAUCAUGGCAUGCCUCCCCUCUAUCCAUCUAAACAGUAUUACAAUUAUGCAUUUACUAAUAAAAAUACGUAGUUCGAAUUGAAACCGA